AUGGCGCGUCAAAAAUCUAUUCGCGCGCCUACAACCUCAAGUCUUCCUAGUGACCUUCGCAUCCCAUCCGCAACUCCGUCGCUCGUCAAGUCCUUCGGGAAACUCACGCGUCAGGCGUUGCUGGACCUGGUGUUUUACUGGCUGGAUGACCGCAACGUGCAGUCAUUCCCGCCGUUCCUAGAGAGAGACGAUGCUAAUAAUGGGGACGAAGACGAGCUCAGUCCAUACCCGGUCGAGCGAACCAUCGACGAUGUGCGGAAUGCAUACCAGGAACUGCAGGUCAGGAGAGGUGGAAAACGCGAAGUGAUUGAUCGGAUUCUGGAGGGCGAUUGGCGACAUGGUAUCAGUCUGCGCCAGCUUGCAAUGAUCGACUUACGAUAUAUGGAUGAUCACCCGUCCAGUUUGCGAUGGUCGGCGUUAGAGCUCUAUCGCAUCGGCGCGGAUAGUAGUCACUCGUCCGACGCAUCUGGGGAAAUGACCGCCUGCAUCCCCCACAUCCAUACCUCCACCUUCCUGAACAGCCUUCAGUCGCAGAUCUCUCCGCUAGUGAAGGCACAUUAUCACCUUGCUCGCUCGAACGUGUUGCCGCUCACAUUCCUUCGCAUUUUUGUCACCAAUUCACCGUACAAGCAGCCCCGACAAGCACCAGAAAUGUUAACCGACUCCUCGAGAGUGAUAUAUGUGGCUUUCCCCGACAGCUGCCCUUUCAUAUACACUUCAAUCGCCUCGUCUCCAAGCCCUAAGACGGGCGCGUCCUCGACCCACGCAAUCGCAGCAGACCCUCGAACCCUGCAACGAAUUGUGCGGGAUGCCGUCCCGGUGGCACUUUCCGUGCCGCAAAAAAGAUACUCGCUCAAAGCAACUGCUCUGACAGCCAAGAGCCUCGAGGCUCUUCUUGCUCUGCGCGGUCCGGGCCGGUCGAACCGAGCUGCUGGGGCAUUCAGUAUCUUCGCGGAUGCCGUAAUCGAAGGGAGCCCCCUGGAUCCACGGCCCUCCAGUACCGUAUCUCCAGAGGAAUACAUGGGCCAAGGAGCUGGUCGGGAUAAAGAGAACCAAGACCAGAACGAACAAAAUAUGGACGAAGAAUCCUCCGGACCUCAGUCAUCAAAGAGGUCAAGGAAAUUGGAUGCCGAUACCCAAAUUCCCAAGAAACGGAAGCUUGCUAUCGAUUCUCGAUUCGGGACGACCGGAUCACUGUCCUCCGCUCCCUUGGACCGGUUCGAUGUCCGCUUGCUUGACUCUCCCCUCGCUGAUGAAGCUGCCGAAAUAGACGACGAUCCCGCUGAGCAAAGCCAGCCUACCGUUUCUCUUACUUUUGCCGGCUCAGACGUUAUCAGUGGUAUCCGCAAACUUGCCGAAUUAGGUAUCAUCGAUCCAGAGCGCAUGCCUUCAUGGAUGACGGGUGAAGAAGCCGUUAGUGUUGCUGUCGUGCGUCAAGGCAAUCGUGUGGUUAAGGGCGAUGGAUGA